UGAUGAUUAUUAAAUCGUGAUGAUGUGAUUGUGUACUGAUUUGUAAACAAGUUCAAAUGUUAUAAUAUGACAACUGACAAAUUAACGCCUCAUUCUGUCGAAUGUAUUUAGUUUUAUGCCUGCUCGUGCCGGUCUUUUAAUCGUUCUAUGCACACGAGUGCUGUGUUAUUGAAUGAUUUUUUUCGUCGUUUGUCUGAAUCCGGCACUGUCGGUACUCGGUGACCUCGGUGUGAGGACAGCAGUCUUGUUCCGACAUCGGCGAAACAACUCGAAAGUGCCUGAGCUACCAGGACGAAAGAGAGCUAUCAGCCGUAAAAUUAACCAGAUAAUAUUUACAGAUACUCAAUGUGUGAAUAACAGUCUUGUUCCAACAUCGGCGAAACAACUUGAAGUGCCCGAGCUACAAAAGAGCUAUUCCUUGUAAAAUCAGCCAAACAUAAGCAGCUUGAACAUGGCGUCCACAUCUAAAAAACAAAAUGCUCGCAAAAAGAUAAAAGUUGAAUUAACCGAGAGACAGAAGGCUAACAUAAAAGAAGCAUUUGAUCUAUUUGAUCCGGAUGGCACUGGAAAAAUCGCUGUCAAAGAUCUCAAAGUUGCUCUUAGAGCCAUGGGAUUUGAGCCAACACAAAAAGAAAUACAGGCGCUCUUAGAAGAUACUGUGCCUAUUCAUCCUAACCACUUAUCUUAUGAAGAAUUCAUGAAAGUAAUGUUAAUUAAAAUGUCAGAAGAAGAAGGUCAAGAUGAAAUAUUAAGAGCAUUCCGCCUUUUUGAUGACGAUAAAACAGGGAAAAUAUCCUUUGAAAAUUUGAAAAGGGUUGCGAAUGAAUUAGAAGAAAAUUUGACCGACGAGGAGAUAUUAGAUAUGAUCAACCAGGUGGACGAAGAUGGUGAUGGACAAAUAUCACUAGAAGAAUUUAUGAAACUUUUUAAGAACAUGUCAAGUUGUUCGUAAUUAAGUUUGUAUUAAGCUAAAAUCACAUAUUUAUAUAUCAUUAGUAUAUAUCAUUAAUAUGACAUUUUUUAAAUCAAUUUUUAAAUUGUAAUAUUUAUAUUAUAUCUAUAUAUUCCAAAGACUGAUAUUUUAAAAAGCACAAUUAUUUUUUGCUACGAUUUGUGAAUCGUGAAUUACAUUAUUUUUUGUAAACUUAUGAAUAUGGAUGUUUAGUAAUAUGUCACAAAUAUAAAAAUAAAUAGUAUUUUACAUUCUAUUGCUAA